AUGUUACCCAAAUCAAAACCGGCUGUUCUCAAUGUCAACGAUGAUCCAGGAGACCCAUUAUUUUUGACACCAUUAAUUAAAGCUGGCAAGAUCGAUGACGCACGUAACUUAAGUAGUGUCGAACUACCACCUUACCCAUUACCAUCCUUUUCUGGCUACUUGACAAGUGGUAAUGCAAGUGCUCCAAUUUUACUCUGGUUACAAGGAGGACCCGGUGCAGAUUCAUUAUUUGCACUUUUCACUGAAAUCGGACCAAUUUAUAUUGAUAGUAAAGGUGAUGUGCAACGUCGAGCAUUCACAUGGAAUACUAAUUAUCAUUUAUUGUUUAUUGAUAAUCCUGUGGGAACUGGAUACAGUUUUACGAAUAAUGACGCUGGUUAUGCAAAAUCUGAAGAUGAUGUGGCAAACGAUCUCUAUUCAGCAUUAACGCAGUUUUUUCUUGUUUAUUAUGAAUAUCAGUCAAGUCCAUUUUACAUUACGGGAGAGUCCUAUGCUGGGAAAUAUGUUCCAUCAAUAUCAUAUAAGAUUCACGUUGAAAAUCCUCAAGCAAAAGUGAAAAUCAAUUUAAAAGGAAUAUGCAUUGGAGAUGGAUGGACUGAUCCUUACAGUCAAUAUGAGUACGGACCAUUGCUAUUUCAGAUUGGUCUUAUCGAUAGUAAUCAAUUGUCAUAUUUUCAACUACAAACUGCUUUAAUUCGUUAUGCAAUGGAACAAGAUCGAUAUAUGGAUGCUUUUCGUUUGUCUGACGCUUUGAUGGAUGGUGAUUUAAUAAAUACGACAAGUUAUUUUUACAAUGUAACUGGUUUGAGUAACUACUACAAUUAUCUAAUGACAGGAAUACCCGACGAUCUAGGUUAUUAUGUUCCAUUUAUAACUUCUGCUGUGAGACGAAAACAAAUUCAUGUAGGAAAUAUGACAUUUAACAGGGGUAAUAUGGUAGAAAACAUGUUAAUGAAUGAUGUAAUGCAAAGUAUUAACAAAUCGGUCUUGAUUACAUUAGCAAAUAAUUAUAAAGUAUUACUUUAUUAUGGACUAUUAGAUUUAAUAUGUGCAGAAGCACCAGCACUCAAUUGGAUAAAUAAAUUACCUUGGCAAUACGCAGAUGAUUUCCGAAAAGCCGAAAAAGUAAUAUGGAAAGUUAAUCAAAGUGAUCCGGAAAUAACUGGCUAUGUUAAACACGCACACGACUUUUAUUUAGCAUCAAUUAGAAAUGCUGGACAUAUGGCUCCACAUGAUCAACCGCGAGCCGUACUCGAUCUAUUAAAUCGUUUUUUCAACAAUUUAGAAUUUUAA